AUGGAAACAACGGGAGAGACUCAACAGCGAUCAGUAGAUGGAAGGUCCAAGAAGAAACGAGUUGUUGUUCGAUCUAGUACUGGAUUAGAAGAUGAUUUUAUGCAAUCCGAUUUUUCAUCACUCAAUGACAUCAGUGGUGAUAGCAAUACUGGAUCAAGUAGUAUAUUAAAUGGACAAAAUCGGCCCAAUAGUUUGGACGACGAUGAUGCUAAAGAAGAAAUCUUAUUACCGGUUGAAAUUGAAGAAAACAUUAUUAAAUUACAAUUGAUAGACUUAUUUCGAGGCCUAUCUAAUUAUGUUUUCAUCUUUCUGAAAACUAGCUUACCUAUUUGA